UAAAAACAUGAAGAAUGGAGUAAUUUAAAUCAAUAUUAUCCUGGAAUCAGGUAUGUAAAAAUAUGGUAUUUGUAAAUUGUGCCUAUUGAAAUGUUUAUUUUCUAACUGGUGUGCUCAUAUGUUCCCAUGGUUGCCGUAUCUCUGAGGAUUUCAUUAUAAAUUAUACCUUGUUUUUGUUAUUUCUGUGUAGUAACAUUUGACUAUUUUUACAAAGCCUCCAAUCUCCGUUCACAGCCUGAAAGAGACGUUGUGAAUGUAGAUGUCAGUGGAAAGUGUUGUGAGAGUUUUUGUAAACUGUUGACAAAAGACAACUGUGAGGAAUGAAUGACUUUAAAGUGUUUACAAUCCCUUUCAUAUGAGGAGACUUAGUGGAGACUCCGAGCUACUUAAGUCUUCAUUUGGCUGGCACUAGUGGUUUUUGCCUACAACUCAAGCUGAGCAAGUAAAUUAAAUCAAAAGAUGAACCCAGCUUGAGGGAUAAUUUAGUAUUUAAAACAGCCCUUUGAAGUGGCCCUCAAACACAACCCUUGACACAUUUAAAUGGUGAAAUUCAAUUAGUUAAGGUUUUUUGACACCACUUUUGUGUUGUAUUAAGAUUGAAAUCUAAGCAGCCUCUUGUAGCUAUGCUUUCAAUAUAACUGUUAGAUCUGUCUCCCAUGAGGAUAUAAAAGUCUAUGUCAGAGAUGAAGUUCCAUUCAGUAUCUUACAAGCAACACAGGCACUAAGACCAUGGAUCAACUAUUGCUACUACUCCUGUAUGUCUGCAGCUUGCUCUGCCCUCUCUGUACUGCAUAUGAUGGGGCUGUCAACAAGCAAAGUGAAAAAAGGAAUUUAUUUGCAGAGAGAGGCUGCUGUAAAAGGCAGAGCAAUUUUGUUUACAUUGGUCAAGAUAUAUCUGGCGGCCCAGUAAGUGUGGAUGUUGGGCUCUGCAGAUCUCAUUGUGGUGGUCCUCAAAGAGUAAAUUCAUACAACCAUGGUGUUCCAAAACAUUCUUCUAUGUUGGAUUUUAUAAGAAGCAAGAAGGUACGAGAUAAAAUUCCAGAUGCUUCAAGCCCACCAGGAUCGGAGCCUUCAUGUCCAAAAGCAUCUAGCUGUCAACCCACAAAAGUUGGGAUAGAAAGAGUACUGUUGUAUGAAGGAAUUCAAGAGGUAGAGGUUAUAGAAGACUGUCAGUGUAACCUGGUACCAGAAGAAUGUAUCAGAAUGCCUUAUCUAAAGACCUUCUUUCCUGAGACACCUUUGGAGACAACAGUAGAUGUUGGAAAAUGUUCAGAUCCUCAAGACUCCACAGGCCUCAUUUGUUCUCCGACUAAAUUGGACUCUGUGAUUGUCGAAAGCCCAAAUGGAGCCGAAGUUGUGAAAACUGUGGAAAACUGUGAAAUGAAAGAAAAAUGCUAUAGAGUUAGCUAUCUAGAAUAUCACUAUGAACUAAUCUACAACCCAAAAGGUGUCAAAGAAGAGAGGCUUAAGGAAAUUGACGUGGGAAGGUGCUUAGGAAACUGUUCGUCAGGAAAUCAUUGUCUACUGAGGGAUUCUCGGAACAAAGAUCAAUGUAUAGUGUGGGCGGAAGCUUCUCGAAACGGAUGUGUCCCCGAAGAAUACGAUACACACACAUUCAGGAGCAGAAAUGGACAUAUACGAUCAGUGUUCGCAAUAAAGACUUGCAAAUGUGAGACGUAAAUACCGUGGUCUUGGUAAAAUGACUUGGACGUUUAGGAUUCUGUCAAAAAAAUACACCGCAUGAUUUCGACUUAUCUCUGUUUGGAGAAAUUAGCUGAAGAUGUCCAUUUAUGUGGUACUGAAGAAUGCUGAAAAACGUGGCACUUUACCUGCAGACGUGCCAGUAAGCAAUGCAGGCCAUGUUGCACUAGUGACACUGAUAUUAGAAGUGACUCGGAAUGUCAUAAGCAUAAUGUCACCUGCUUGAAUACUUAACUAGGAUGCAAUAGUCAAAUUGGAAAAAUUCGCCUAUCCAUCUUUUUGAUUGGGAAAUUGAACAUUUAAUAACUGAAAAGCCAAGGUCAAUAAACCAGUGUCUUAGCAAAAGUUAUUGGUGAUGCUGAGGAUUUUCAAAGUACAUUUGCAGGGUUAAGUACAUAUUAAUAAUAUGUAUUUCUUUACCAGCAUUGUGAUAAAUAAUGUGUAUAGUGUCUGCUCAACAGACUUUUUAUAGGAGAGGUGCCAUGUAGAAUUAUAUAGAAUAUUGCACAUUGUGCCGAAAGGCGGAGAGAUUGGACGCUUAAUAGUGGACUUUGAGGUUAAACCAUUUGUGAACAGUUUAACCCCUAAAGUUAAACCAGCAGCAGUGAUCUCUUGGCACCAUAACAACUUCAUUCCAAUGAAGUUGUUAUGGUGCCCGAGUGUUCAUUUAAGUUAUUUUAAGGUAUUGUUAUAGAGAAAAUGUAUAGUCUUGAUUUGCAUAAAAAACAUACGGAAGUGAGCAUAAAUCUUUUCCAUGUAAUUUUAGGUGGCACUCCCCCUUUAAUAGCUUAUCAUUUUAGAGUUAAUUUGAUUAAGUAUCAGUGUUUUGACUUCAGAACGUUAUGUAUUAUAGAAUAUUAUAUAUUUUGUUAAAGUUCAGUUUAUAAUUGAAUAUCUUUAUUUUGUUAGUUUGGCAAAAAAAAUGUCUCGUGCUUACAGGAAAAUCAGUGAAAACAUCCUGGUUAAAUAAUUUGAUAUUAUUUAAUAUAAUUUAGCUGUACGGCAGAAUAUUUUAUGAACCUAGAUUUUGUUUAGGAUUUCGGUGGCUGAAGUCUGUCUCUUCUUAAACAUAUUAAUGAAGGUUUAUAAAUAUUCUUAGAGGUUUUUUCCUAUACAGUAUAGGAGAUGUACAUUUGUAUAUAUGUUUAAAAAUUCAA